ACCCUAAUGUGGGCACUACCUAGGAUGUUCCAGAAUGAUCUAGAGGACAAAUGUUUAGUAUAAAAGAACCCACAGUACCGUCAGUUGACCACAAAAAGCCUGAAACGAUCAACAAGACUGAGAAGACCGACAAAUCUAUCCCCAUACUCCCAUACUCAUCCAAGGCUACGGUGCCGCCAUGCAGGCCACCAUGCAGACUGCCUACCCAAACCGUGGCAGGACAGCCCUAACCCUGGGCAUCGAGACGGCCAGAGGAGUCAUGACGCCCCUGAUCAUACGGGGCACCAUCGUCCCCACCAAACAGACUCAGACCUUCAGCACAGGCACCGACAACCAGCCGGGGGUCCUGAUCCAGGUCUUUGAAGGAGAGAGAGCCAUGACCAAGGACAAUUACCUGCUGGACGAGUUCGAGCUGUCGGGAAUCCCGCCCGCUCCGAGAGGGGUACCUCAGAUCGAGGUGACCUUCGACAUCGACGCAGACGGCAUUCUGAACGUGUCUGCUGUGGACAAGAGCACGGUAAAAAUAAAACACAUCGCCAACAACAAAGAUCGCCUGAGCGAGGAAGACAUCGAGAGGAUGGUUCAGGAAGCAGACCAAUACAAAGAAGAAGACGAGCAACAGAGGGAGAAAAUAGCGGCCAACAACGCCCUGGAGUCCUACGCCUUCAACAUGAAGAGCAGCCUGCGGGAGGACAACCUGAAGGACAGAGUGAGUGAGGAGGACAGGAAGAAGGUGGAGGAGAAGUGUGAGCAGGCCAUCCGCUGGCUGGAGAACAACCAGCUAGCGGAGAAAGAGGAGUACCAACACCAGCUGAAGAAGUUGGAGAAGCUGCCUAUAUCCCUCAUCCCUGUGAUGAUAAACUUUGCACUUUUGAAUCUUCGAGGCCUCAUUGAUGAUACAAUCCCUGAAUUGAAUAAUUUGAUUUCUGAAAAUAAUAUUAGCUUUAUGUUUUUAACUGAAACCUGGCUUAAAGACAGUACUCUUUACAAUAAGUUGAGAGAGUCUUGUCCAAAUGGUUUCACCUCUCAUCAGGUCAAUAGACCAUUGGAAAGCCAUGGUGGGGUCGCCGUUAUUUAUUCUAAGAGAUAUUCAGAAUCUGAGCCACUUCGAUUUGGGGAAUUUUCAUAUUUUGAAUACUUAGCACUGAUGAUCAAACAGCCUGAAGACCUACUUACUGUGACUGUCUAUCGGACGUCCAAAGAUGUAACAUCCUUUUAUGCUGAGUUUAGAGAUAUGUUGUCCAUCAUAUGUCCCCAACAUGAUAAGAUCAUUAUAGUUGGGGAUUUUAAUUUCCCUAUACAAGUAGCACCAUUCCUGAAGCUUUUUGAUGAUCGAAAUUUUCUUCAGCAUGUGAAAGAACCCACCCAUAACAAAGGAAAUAUUCUGGAUUUAGUUUUUACUAGGGGUAUUGGUGUAAGGAUUAAAUCCAUUCAACCCUUCCCUUCUUCUGAUCAUAAGUGCAUCCAUUUUACCAAAAAUCAGAACACCCUCCCUUUAACCAUUGCACAAACAUUCAGCGAAAUUGAGUUAGGGAGAGAGUCCGAGAGAGAGAGAGAGAAAGAGAGAGAGAAGAGAGAGAGGGAAGGAGCGAGAAGGAGAGGGAGAGAGGGAGAGAAAGAGAGAGAGAGAGAAGAAGAGAGGGAGAUAGAUGGAGGGAGAGAUAGAGAGAGAGAGAACAUGUCAGGGAGGAGAGAGGGAAAAACAGAGUGAGAGGGGAGGUAGAAA